CACAUGAUUGCGUUGAAGAUUCCGACUGUUAUCGUUAGCUUGUUAGCUAACAGAUUGACACAUUCUCUACCUCCUGUGUGAGUUCUCAUCAUGUCUCGCAUUUCUGUGAAUUAUAUUUUAAUAUGUGGACAAUUUUUCCUGCUCGUGUCGGUGCUGCUGUCGCAAAGCCUCGAGGGAAUCCAGUCAGAAAACUCAACCUCCGCCAACCAUCCGACCACCUCCAUAACAACAACAACCACCACAACAACAACAACAACCACAACAACAACCACUGCUGCUGCCGCCACUGCUACACCUGCUGCUGUUACUACAGAGUUCCAACAACCAAAUAUCACAGAACAUAAUAACAAUAUUACAACCACAGAGAGGGUAAAUCCCCCCACCGAGUACGAGUACAGCCCUCCAUCACCGGUGGUCCUCUGUCGAUACCUUCCCGAUGAGUUCAUCUACUGCCGGGAUCCAGUGGAUCACGACGGAAACUUCACGUCCCUCCAGGAGCUGGGUCACGGCUGCGUCAAGAUCGGAAAUCAGGGUCAAGUGUACAGUGAUGUGAACCACACCCAGGUGCUGUGUAGCGCUUUAGAUGGGAUCGAGUGUGCCGGGUCUCGGGAGUUCCUCCGAGGGAACGAACCAUGCAUCAAGUACACGGGUCACUAUUUCAUCACCACGCUGCUGUACUCGUUCUUCCUGGGCUGCUUCGGGGUGGACCGCUUCUGCCUGGGUCACACGGGCACCGCCGUGGGCAAGCUCCUCACCCUGGGGGGUCUGGGGAUCUGGUGGUUUGUGGAUCUCAUCCUGCUCAUAACCGGAGGCUUGAUGCCCAGCGACGGGAGCAACUGGUGCACGUUUUACUGAGGGGUGGUCAAAAGUAUGUGGACACCUGAGCGCGAGCCGGUUGGAUGUUUCAUGCCUGGACUGGGGGCUUUAAUGUGGACUUUUGGCAACAUGGUGAGCUCAGGUGUGUGCGGGGGCGUCCACACUGCAGGACACAAAGACUGCAUGUGAGUGGGAGGGGGGUUUAACCAUUAAAAAACAUGCCAGUAGGUAGAUUGGCUGCUCUAAUCUGCCUCUAGGUUCCAAAUAAAAUAAAAUAUGUAUAGCCCUGUCUCAAGACCCACCGCAACCCUGACCAGAAAACAGCGGGUUCUAAAAGUGAACAAAUAAAUGAUGCUUAGCAACAUGGGAUCAGGAAUUUGGACCUGAUUUAGAGUUUGGCAUGUUCUUGCUAAAUAUCAUGCACCUUUUCUUUUGCUUCUCUGCUUUCCUGAAUCUCCCGUAUACAUGCAGAAGGUGGAUUGGGUGCUCUCAGUGACCCCAGUAUGUCCCACCCAUCAGCACACGCCCGCCCACCCGCCAAAAAAGUUGGGACACAGAGUCACAGAGUAGUUUUUUUUGCUUUGUACAGUGUAAAUAUUGUUUCUGUUGUAAAUAAAAACCUGUUAAAGUGACCACACACACACACACACACACACAUGAUAAUAAAGUUGAGUUGAGUUUCUUCUCCUCUUUAAAGCUCUGCA